UUGGGGUUUGGGGAUCGGGGAUCGAGCGCUGCGGCCGGAGCCCCGCACUGCCGGAGAGAGCGCGGCCGGAGCCCCGCACUGCCGGACAGAGAGCGCGGCCGGAGCCCCGCACUGCCGGUAUCACAGUGGGCGAGGGAGAACCGGCCCCGGAGGGAAUCUGCAGCCGGAGAGAACAAACCCAGUGGUUACAGAUCGAGCAAAAAUCCUGCAUAAGCUGACUGUUCAGCACAUGGACCCUAACGGAACACAGCUGGAACCAGACCUCUCGCAGCAAGACACCCCGUGCCUGAUUGUGGAAGACUCCCAGGCAGAAAGUGUGUUGUCGGACGAUGACCCUGAACAGAGCUACCGGCACCUGCAAGCCAGGUGUCUGUCGAACCUGCAGCCCCACACGGAGAGUCCCGUCCUGGAGCUGAUCGCUGACCCACAGGCAGCCAAGGUUUCAGCAGGAGGUGAUGAGGAGCCUUCUGAACAGAAGGAAAUGCACCACAAAGCUCCGAGUGCCACGGGAAUGCCGACAGGUCUGAGGUCGGAUGAACAGCCCAUUCCCUCGGCUGAAGAUCUACCACGGCCAAAUGGACAAACCAGCAGCACUGUCAACACUCACACUAACCCACAGGAGGGAGAAGGCGAAGGCAGAGACGUUGCAGACUCAACAACCAACUCCAUUGGUGCUGAAGGCACAUCUCAGGCUGGUUUUGGACUACUUGAAUUAUCUGAGAGCCAAGGCAGUGAUCCCGAAACCAGCAGCUACAAGGCCAGUGGGAGUGCUCAUUGUCCGGACGAGAUCGAGAUAAACGUAGACACCUCCAGCAGACCCUGCAAGGAGGCCGAGACCGACCCCAAUGUCGAGUCGGCCACAGGACUCCAAACAAGUGACAAGACUUUAAUUGGAACUGCAACCAGCCACCCAGCUGAGAGGUCAGAGGUUACAUCGAGCGUGCCCGCGCCCUCGUGCCAGGAGAAGCUGGGAGCUGCCAAGGAGACGGCGACCCAUUUCGCCAUGCCUUCCGAACUGCGAACUGAGGAGGCCCCGUCUCAUCCAGACCCGGGACACUCCGAGAUCCAAGAGGACGUGCUGGAACCAACACCACCAGGUCCCAGCGCAGAAACUCCUUUGAGAAAUGAAAGUGUUUCGUCUGCCCAUGUUGAUCACCUGCAGGUCCUUCAUCUCUCUGGACAACCCAUAGUGGAACACGAGAGCCUCUUGGAAAGCUCCAACGAUGUCAUUGAUCCAUCCCAGGAGACCUUUGGACCAACUCCCAUCAUUGUUCCUAACAGCCCCACGGAGCGAGCAGGUGAAUUAGAAGACGAGCCAAUGGAUACCUCCCUGCCACUUGCAGACAGCCAAUCGAUAAAAGAUCCAUGUGAAGAGGAAGAGCCAAUGGAAAUGGACCAGCCUGUGGAGCAGACUGAGCCUACCCCCUUCCGGAGCCCACAGUCAUCGACACCAGUGUCAGUCACAACUCCCGCUUUUACUGCGGGGUCGCUGAUGCCUGUGCCAACACUGCCGGAUUUAUCCCAUGAUAUUUUUAUACCCACGCCAAGUUUGACAGAAAAUACCAGCAGCGACGAAGGGAUUAAAUCCAAACGAGCUCCAACAGGGAAUCCCUCAAAGCCGUCCGAGGUAUUAUCCGACAAGGAGGCGGAGGGAGAGAAACAAGACCUGGAAUGGAAGGGGAGGUCGGACAUCGGAAUGAAGAAGCAGGAUGAGGGGGCAGGAGAGCCCUUUGAUUUGAAGUUGUCGGCUAGCGAAUGCCUGCAGCCGAUGGAAACGGACGAGAAUCCACCCUCGACUGUAGAGGACAGUGAAGCGACACAGAUUGAAGAAGGAGCCAGCGCAGAAACUGCCGAGGAAGGUCAGUUGGACGAAAGCCGUAGCAUUCAUCUCCGAUUAACGGAGGAGAGCCAAGCGCAGACCCCUCAUGUUUCUGAAGCUUCUGCUGAAGAUGCUCUUGAAGGAGCUGGUGACGAGCCGGCGGGUAAAUAUGACGAGGAUGAACAGAAUGUAGGUGAAGCAUCAAGUGAAGCCAAGCUAUCAGAUCAACCAGCUGUGUCAUCACCUCAGUGUCGAGAGCCGUUGAGUCUUCUUCAUCGGAGUGCUUCUUCCCAAGGACACGGAGCUUUGCCCAAAGAUAUUUUAGUGGUGAAAGAAGGAAUUGUUAAUGAGACUCCAAUGGAUGAGACAGGGAAUGUACCUGGGUGCCUGAGUCUUGAUGAAAAUGUGACAAAACCACCUCCAAAAGACAAGAGUAAUGGGAUUGUCCAAGAUGCCCCUCUCAACCUUGAAGUUUCUCAAAGCCAAAUGCAAUCUGCAACACUCCAUGAAGAAACACAGCCAAAGGAAGAAGAGGAACCGAUGGAGGAGGAGGAGGUCAGUGAUUCAUCUGACAUUGGGUUAAAGGAAACCUUCAAUGAAGAGAGGACUCCUGUUCUUGCAGAUCCAGAUAGUUCCCAGCCUGAACAUCCUCUUAUUACAGGUUCCGAAGAUUUAGAAAACAAAGACCUUUGCACUGAGGAAGAAAAUGCUCCAGAGAGCUGUGAGGGCGUUGGCGACAGUCCAAAGGAAGAUGACAAACUGAUUGUCACUGCACAACUGAAACCGGUGGAAAAGGUUCCAGAAUUGCCUGAGAAAAUCUGCCUGGUGUCUUCAGGAAACCAGGAAGGCCCUACAGCCGACUCUCAACUGCUACCCUCACACGGUGGUAAGGUAGCAGACCCUGGAAAGGAACUUCAGGCAGAAUUGGUCAUCAAGAUGCAAGCUGAAGAUCAGAAGGCCUUUAAGGAACAGAAGAACUUGGACAGUCAGAAUGAAGGAACUCCAGGACAAGAGCCAAAAAACCUGGGAGGACAGAACCACCAACAGGAGGUUGAGGAAUUACCCAAGCCCAGUAGCGUUGACCAGUCGAUGGGAACCCCAAAGCCACAGGAAAGGAGUCACUUGGAACCUGACGUGCAGAUCCUGAACAAAGGAGCCCCGGAUCUUCAACAGUCAGAGCAGUCAGCGAAAAGCCUUCUGGACAGUUCUGGCGAAAUCCCAUUUCACUUCACACUACCUAAAGAAGGUGAUGUUAUCCAGCCCAUAACCAGUGGUACCCCACCCCUGAUUGGCAAGUUGAAGCAAGGUCCAAGGCACAGCACUCCUAUUGAACUUGAAGAUCGCGCCAUGGCAACUGCUGAUGUCACACCAGAGAAUGCCAUGGGAGCUAGUGAUGUUGCAGUGGAGGAAAGUGAGCAAGGAACCUCCAGUCCUGAGUCUCUCGCUACCUCAGCAACUGAUGGCAAACUCUGUCUGCGAAUGCGGCUGGAGACUCCAGUCCAGGAAGAGGGUAACCACUCCGCCGUCUUCAGUCUGGAAAAGCCUGUUCUGGCAGGAGUACAAACAUCUGUUGCUGAGGCGGUUGCCAGUGCAGCGAAAAGCCAAUCUGUGUUCAGCCGGGUCUGUGAGGUGAGACGAGAGACAGAUGCAAAAGAGCAGGAUGAAGCUACCACCCCGUUUAGAAGUGAGCAUUACAGCCUCUCCAGCACCGAGGAGGAGACAGAUGAAGCCUGUGAAGAUCGCAGGGCUUGGCAGCGCCAACAGCGGGCGAAGCAAAAAGCCCGGCGUCACAUCCUGGUCACCCAGACUCCGCAAGAGGACGAGGAGGAGGAGGAGGAGGAGGAGGAGGAGGUCGGGGAGACUCCCGAGGAGUCGAUGCCGGAAUCGAGCGCCGGCAAGCGUUCAGCUGUGAGCACCGGAGAAAGCGAAGACGAAGCUAUGGAGCUGGACGUGGUGACCUGCGGCCAGGGGCCGGCCAGAGGACGGGAGGAGGGUGGACACAAGGCUGGCGAGAGGACCCCGGAGCCCUGCGCGUCUCCGCGGGCCUGUCCCGAAGAGCAGAAGGCCCCGCCGGCCGACCCGGCGAGAGCGCGGGCCGCGGAUCCUGCCGGCGCCCCCGGCCCUCGGCCAGGCUUUAGCGUGAUGCACACCGCCACUCAGACCACCACCAGCACCACCACCAGCAGCAGCAGCAUGACCGGCUCCGCCCCCGGGGAGAGCAGCAAGCUUCCUUCGCGGGACGCCAUGGUUCAGACGGAAGGGACGGCCGGCAAACCACAGAUGCGGUCGAGGAGCACCUCGUUCCACGCAAACCAGGGGGCAGACGAUCGAGACACGGACUCCCUCCACAGUCAGGAGGAGGAGGAGUUUGAGCUGCCGGCACCUCCCCCUGGACGGCUGCUGCGGAGACAUGUCCGAACCAUCCGAGAAGUGCGCACCGUGCUGACCCGUAUCAUCACUGACGUCUACUACGUGGACGGGAAAGAGGUGGAGCGCAAAGUAACUGAGGAGAGUGAGGAACCGGUGGUGGAAUGUCGGGAAUACGAGAACGAGGUCUCUCCUUCUCGCGCCACGGGCUCCAUGACCUCUGGUGACCUGGGGGACCUCAGUUCCUUCUCCUCCAAGGCCUCCAGCUUACUGCGAGCCUCCAGUGGAACCAGCAGCAUCGCCUCGCUGGCGCACAGCAGUAGCAGCAGCGGGGGAGGGGGCUUUGGCCCUCACGAGCGGGGAAGAGGUGGAGGAGGCGCCACCCGGGGAAAGAACGGAGGGGCGGACCCUCGGGAGUUUGUGGUGCCCAGUGGCAGAGGACUCCACUCCAAACUCAGCCCUCGGAAGGUUGGAGCUCAGUACUGGUCGCCAUCUAAACAGCUGCUGUCCGGAGUGACAGAGAGUGAAGAGAUCUCAAUGAGCAACAAACAGAUGCCAAGGAGCCCUGCGCCCCGGGGAAGGGGCAAACGAGGGCGCCCGCCAAUCCGAUCCUUCGUUGGGAGGGACAUGAUGCAGGUGUCACCCCGAGCACGUGGGGAGGACCCGUCGAGCGCCACGUCCCCGGAAGAGGAGCACUACACCCGCAUCGCGGCCCGGCCCCCUGAGAGGGCGGGGCCCCCGCCCUUCCCCCGCUCGGGCUCGCCGGAGAUCCCGCCCCCCAGGUCGUCGCUGCCCUCUGACCCCGACCUCCCGGCCUCCCAGGCCAGCAGCUUCGUGGGGCUGCGCGUGGUUGCCAAGUGGUCGUCCAACGGGUACUUCUACUCGGGAGCGAUUACCCGUGACUCUGGCGACGGCAAGUACAAGGUGCUGUUUGACGACGGCUACGAGUGCGAAGUGCCGGGCAAGGACAUCCUGCUGUGCGACCCCAUCCCCGUGGAGACGGAGGUGACGGCUCUGUCCGAUGACGAGUACUUCAGUGCAGGUAUUGUGAAAGCUCACCGGAAGGAGGCGGAGGAGUUUUAUUACUGCAUCGAGAAGGACGGUCUGCAGAAAUGGUACAAGAGAAUGGCAGUCAUCCUGUCGCUGGAGCAGGGUAACCGGCUGCGUGAGCAGUUUGGCCUCGACCCCUGUGAGGCCACAACUCCUCUCGCCAUGGCAGCGGACAUCAGCUUGGCACUGUCGGCAGCCAUUCCUUCAGCUGCCUGGACCCUUUCACUCCGGAACUCCCUCCAUAAACCUCUCCACCUCAUCAUCCUUUUAAAAGCACUAAUUAAAGCCAAGCUUUUAGUCACCUUUUUUGGUAAUAUCUCCUCACGUGGCUUGGUGCUUGAUAACGCUCCAGAGAAGAAGCGCUUUGGGAUCUUUGUGCUAUGUUAA